AUGGGUAAAAAAGGGAAAAUAGGAGGUAAUAAUUUAGGAAAAGCCUUGAUCAGGGACCGUUUCAACUCGUCAAGAAACAAGAGAAAUGUUAAUUCGUCCAUGCUUCAUAUUGCCGAGUUAAACGACGGCUACGACUGGGGACGUCUUAAUCUUCAAUCUGUUACGGAAGAAAGUUCCUUUCAAGAGUUUCUCUCCACCGCGGAGUUAGCAGGGACCGAGUUUUACGCAGAGAAAUUAAACAUCCAGUUCGUUAAUCCAAAGAGUGGCAUCGGAUUACUCUCAAAGGACGAAAAAGCAAAACUAUUGGAGUCGCAGCGAAAAAACAAAGCUCUCCUGAAAAUACCAAGGAGGCCAAAAUGGGACAAUUCGACUAUGGCCCAUGAAUUGCAAAACAGAGAGAAAGAAGAAUUUUUAGAGUGGAGACGUUCCCUUGCUACGUUGCAAGAGGUAGAAGGAUUGAUAUUGACACCUUACGAAAAGAAUUUAGAAUUCUGGAGGCAGUUGUGGAGAGUAGUAGAACGCAGUGACGUUAUUGUACAGAUAGUUGACGCGAGAAAUCCGCUGCUCUUUUAUUGCCAGGAUUUGGAGGUGUAUGUUAAAGAAGUGGAUCCCAGAAAGAUGAAUGUCAUACUGAUAAAUAAAGCAGAUUUUUUAACGGAGGAACAACGACAAGCAUGGAUAAAAUAUUUUACAGACAUUAAUUUGACGGUUGCAUUUUUCUCUGCAACAUUGGCAGCUGAAAAUAAAAAGAUGAAAGAUAUAAUAGAGGAAGAAGAUUCUGAAGACAAAGAGGAUAGUGAAGCAGAGAAUAAUGAUAGUGAUGUAUCUUCAUACACUUCAGAAUUUGCUUCAGAAAGUGAAUAUGAAAGUGCAGAUGAUGGUAGUAAUAAUAUAAUUGAAAAUAUAGAGAAAAUAAGCUCUAAGAAAUCUAGUGAAUGUAAUUUAAAUGAAUUGGAAAAUUCAAUAGAAAAAUUAGAUGAGAAAAGUAUGGAAGAUAAUAAUAAGAUAAGGAAUUCGUCAGAAUUAUUAAGCAGAGAUGAGUUAAUAUCAUUUUUUAAAACAAUUUACAAGGGUGAAACAUAUACGAAAGGAAUCACAACAAUUGGUUUAGUAGGUUAUCCAAAUGUAGGUAAAAGUUCCACAAUAAAUGCCUUAUUGUUGGAUAAAAAAGUAUCGGUGUCUGCUACACCAGGUAAAACGAAACAUUUUCAAACACUGUUCUUGGGGAAGGAUUUACUUUUGUGUGACUGCCCUGGAUUGGUAAUGCCUAGUUUCGUUUGUACAAAAUCAGAAAUGAUAUUAAAUGGUAUAUUGCCAAUUGAUCAAAUGAGAGAUCAUGUACCUCCAAUUACAUUAUUAGGUACUUUAAUACCGAGACAUGUUAUAGAAGAUCUUUAUGGAAUCAUGAUACCUCCACCACCAGAAGGAGAAGAUUCUAAUCGUCCACCAAUUGCAGAGGAAAUUUUAAAUGCCUAUGGAUGUAUGUACUCGUGUAUUCCUUAUAUAAGAGUACAUGAUAAUAGUAGAGGUUUUAUGACACAAAAUGGACAACCAGACAAUCCGCGCUCAGCGCGAUAUCUUUUAAAAGAUUUUGUAAACGGUAGAUUGUUGUACUGUGUUGCACCACCAACGAUAGAACAGGAAAAUUUUCAUACGUUCCCUUCGCGAAGAAGAAUAAUUUCUGUGAAUAAGCAUUUGCCGCCUAAAACGGUGCGCGUGAAUAAAGGAAGUAAAAUUACAUCUGAAGAUUUAGAUAAAGUAUUUUUUCAAAAUAAUACUUCAAAUAUACAUGUAAAAGGAAUAAUUGGAAAAAUGCAUGGCUCGUACCGAGCUGAUUCAAACAAUAGAGAAUCAGUGACUGGUUCCACACAAAAUUUGUCGCUUGAAGAAAAACCGUGGAAAAAGAUCAAUAAACAUUCAAAUAAAAAGAAACACGAAAAAACGAGAAGAUUGUACGCCCAUCUUGAUCAACAUUGA